AUUUUUUGGUUAUUAAGAAAGAACGUUCUCGAGGAGAAAACUUUCCCCUUCUCGGGCUCUCUCUUUCUCUAAGCUCUAGUUCAAUUUUAAUCUAUAUAUUUAUUUGUAUGUUUUCAUAAUAAUGUUUUCUAUAAGUCACAAAUUCAAACAAUGAAUAUGAAGAAGGAAAGAUCUUUAAUUUCACUUGGUUUUUUAUCGUGAUCGAGCGAAAGUCGAUUUAUUUAUUAUCAUUUAUUAAAAACUAUGGAAAAACGAGACGGAAAAGCUCCGAAGAAACGAAGAAAGUAAUUAAAUUUUUUUCUACAUAGAUCGAAGGGAAUAACGACGACUGUGGUAUGGAUAAUUUUGCUCUAAGAAAUUACAUCAUUUUGCUUCGGUAAUAAUGGAAGAAAAAAAGGAAGAGACAUUCACGAUGUUUUGCGAAAGUUUGACAUAGAUGACGUUCAACGAUUCGAAACGUACGAAUUGCCAUGGCUUGGUCUUUUUCUCGAUGAUGAAUGUCUGCCUGAAGAACGAAUUACGUUCAAUCGGAUACCUUCCGAUUCGACUUUCGUAAGCACCGGAGCUAUUCAACUUAUUCUCCAACGGGAGAAAGUUUGCGCCACUGGCUGUGUGCCCACCUGUGUGGAUAUCAGUUUCCUAAUCCGGUGCUACAAAACCUCCCGGAAUCAAAGAAGGAAGAAAAAAAAAACUAGCUCUCUAUACUGACAAAACAAACUCCGAUACAACUUGUGGAAAAAAACAAAUUUAUUCGAGCAUUACUAUCGAAGUCUAUUCAUUUUACGUUUGAUUGAUUUAAUUUAGCAGCUUCAGAGAGAAAGAGAGAGAGAGAGAGAGAGAUCAGAGGAUAUUAUUUUUGUAAUAAUAAAUAUUAAUAUUUUACUUCUAUCAAGUUGUAUUCGCAGUAUUAUGCUAUCGACAAAUAUAGUUUUCUACGUUUGAACAACAUACCGGUAUAUACAUGCAGACGAAUUGAAUUCCGCGUUCAAGUCACUCCCUUUAAAUCAAAUCCUGCAAUGAUCAGUCUUUGGGACAGGUUAUUACGUGGUCCAACACUAUUCUCUAGGUAGGACCAGUUUCACAAAGUUGUUAGCCAUUAGAUGAACGUGAACACACACCGAUCUUAGAAUUUACCGUAUCUUGAUGAACGAGUUACAUGAACAACUUGGUAUAAAAGAAGUGUUAACUUUCCGUGUUCACGUUAGUUCAACGGUACACGUGUCUUAAUAUGAAGCUACUGUUGCUUCUUGGAUUGAUCGUCCUGGUCCUUGGCCAGGAAACAAUUGUUUCUACGAGAUCCAACGACAAUAAGGAAAUAGAACAGCAAGCAACAACGAUACUCCAAGUACAACCAAGCGGCCAAGAAAACGAAGCCAACAAAAAAUUAACGAAGAGAAGUUUUGGUUGGGGUCCUUGGGGAUACGGAGGUGGUUAUGGUGGUUACGGUGGUUAUGGUGGUUACGGUUGGCCUUGGUAUGGUGGGUGGGGUGGUGGAUGGUAUGGUGGUUGGUACCCUGGCUGGCCUUGGUGGUACGGUGGUUAUGGAGGUUGGUAUGGUCAUGGUGGAUGGUACAAAAAAUGGUAAUCUAUGAAACGUAAACAGAUUAUCAUUUAGUAUACGUGCGUCAUCAUUAGUGAUAUCUAGCUAUCGAAGAGAAGUUUAGUUCGUAAUCACGAUUACAUUUUUAACGAAAGGAAAUUAAUUAGAAGAUCAAGUUGAUCGAAAAUAAGUAGAAACGACGAUCCUUUAGUUAAAUUUUAACACGUAAAGUUGGCUAGCGAAUAAGUUCAAUAUCAUUGCUCACGCAUCAUCAUGUUUAUAUAUAUAUAGAUACAUAUGUCAACUAAUUCAUUUAUAUAUCGCAUGCUGACUAAAUGAAUAAAAUAUGAAUUCAUAGAAAUAAUCGAUAUAACUAUAAACUUUUUCAUACACACCUUCAAUCGUUUCCUCAAGUAAGUUGUCAGUAUUUCCUCGCAUAUUGUUAAGUUUUCAUUAGUAUCCUAAAAAAUAUAUAUAUAAAAUAAUUUUUAUUUUUUACUUAUAUAUUUUUUGUUUAAUUAUAUAAAAUUCUAUUUUACAAUUACAUUAAAUAUUAACCUUUAACAUAUUCGUAAGCUCCUGGAUCUUUU